UUUCUGGGAUCAUAUGACAGCUCUAUUUUUAUUUCUUGAUAAUAGAUUAUAAUUUCCUGUUUCUUUGUAUUUAUAGUAAUUUUUCAUUUUAUGAUGAUGGACAUCAUGAAUAUACUGUAGAGACUGUGGAUUAUGUUAUUCUUCUCUACAGAAUGUUGGAGUUUGUCCUUGGAUGCUGGUAAUUUACUAGAUCACCUUGAUCCUGUUGAGAUCUGAAUUCAGACUUUGCUAAGAUGGAUCCAGUUCAGUUUUGCCCUUAGUCUGAAGACUAGUUCUUACUUCGAAGGUAUCAGUUUCAGACGUCAUCCUAAUUCCUGGUAUGCAAAUGCCUGAAGGUCUUUAUCUUUGGCUUCUUCCUCUCCAUACUUCGCCCCACAAAUUUCAGCUAUCUUAGCAUCCUUGAGCUUUGAUCUUUAUCUAUUCUACUCAUAGAGACUGUUGUCAUUUGCUUGGGUUCCCCUUCACUAUGCUCUGUUUGGAAAUUGUCAGUAGGGAGAAAGUUAGGAUGAAUGUGUCAGUCAUCUGACAUUCUUGCCUUUGCUCGAGAAUUUCAUCUCUGUGUUGUCUGCUUCCCAAAGCUUGCAGAUAGUUGCUUUAUAUUAUUUCCAGUCUGAUAGUUGCUUACGGUCACAGGGUAAGUGUAAUAGUAGCUAUUCUGUUAUACUUGAAAUCAGAAGUCUGAUUGCUUACUUCCUAAUAGUUUGUUCUUUGUGUGCCUGCCAAGCUGGAGGUCAUAUGGAAACAUGGGCCAGGAGAGGCCGGAAACCUGGAGAUGUGAACUAGAUCUGUGACUCUGGGCAACUGGCUUUACUCUCUUGUAUCUUCUCUGUACCUCUAAGAUGUGGAUAAGUAUCAGUUCUGUGGAUAUGCAAGUUUCUGGCAUUGGAACCACUAGAGGAGGUUUAAAAAUAUGGCUGCCAUUUAUACCCACAGACAUGCUGAUUCAGAGGAUGUGGGUGGAGCCCAGAAUUUUUCCUCUUUCCUUCUUUUAGUUUUAUUGAGCUAUAACUAACAUACAGCAUUGUAUAUAUUUAAGGUAUACAGCAUAUUUAUUUGACUUAUAUUAUGAAAUGAUUAUUACAAUAAGUUUAGUGAUAACUUAUCAUCACUUACAGAUAAUUAUCAUCUCAUAUAGAUAUGACUUUAAAGAAAUAGGAAAAAAAAGUUUUUGUGAUGAGCACUCAGAAUUUACUUUCAACUUUCAUACAUAACAUUCAGCUGUGUUAAUUUUAUCAUACUGUACAUUAUAUUCCUACUACUUAUUCAUCUUAUAAUUGGAACUUUGUACCUUUUGACUGUCUUCAUCCAACUCUACCCCAACUCCUUGCCCCAGUCCCUGACUCUAGUGACCAUAAAUCUGAUCUUUUUUUCUAUGAAUUUGUUGGUUUUGGAAGUGUAACUGACCUACAAAGCUAUGUUAGCUCCUGUUACACCAUAUGGUGAUUUGAUAUUUCUGUAUGUUUCAAAGUGAUCACCACAGUAAGUCAAACUACAACAUGUCACCAUACAAAGAUACUAUAGUUAUCGUCUAUAUUCCCCAGACUGUACAUUUUGUACCCAUGACUCAUUUAUUUUGCAACUGGAAGUUUAUAUCUGUUAAUUUCCCUCACUUGUCUCAGAGUUUCUUUUUUAAUAAACACUUUAGGAAAUUGUGGUGCUUAGCCAUGUUUGUGAAACACUGGAUUUAGUAAUUUCCUGAGUCUUUUCAGGUCAAAAUUCUGAGUAUGUAGGCUUGAUAUUAAAGAAAGUAAGAAAAGAUUGAAAGAUCAAGACAAAGGAUAAACAAUUUUUGACAAGGCAGAAGUUUGUUUUGGGAAGGAGAAGACAAAGACAGAAGCAAACCAAAGAGGAAGAACAAAUUUGGAUGUAUCACUGCACUGGGACUCUUAUCUACCAGGAUUCAGUCUGUGAGCCUGAGAAGCUGGAAAGGCAAUAGUGAGGAGCACUUGAUGUAAAGUGGGUGGAAGGCAGGGACAGCCAAAGGGAGUUUUAAUUCAGAGAAAGGCUGCUCCUGGCAGAAGUUGAAAGCAGUUACCUGAUAGAGAUUCUUUUUUACCAUUAAACCUACACCUCAUGAGAGGAUAAGGGUUGGGAAUCACAAAAAUUUCCUUGUUAAAACUAGAUGCAGUGAAGUUCUUCUUGGAAUGAAUUGGAAUAUGAAUACAUUACUGAGUGUCCUACCCUAAAUUUUAAAAGUAUAAAUAGCCCUCGGGGUUAAUCUUUCCUUGAUACACUUCUUGUUUUUAUUAAAAGUCAUUGCAUAUUUGUUACUUUCCAACAGAUUGCCAGAUUUGAGAAGGCAGGGACACUGCUUUAUGGAUUUCAGCAGCUCUCACCAGAAGGAAGUUUAGACUAGUGAUUACAAAAUAAAUAACUGGAGUUAGAUAGACCCAGGCAUGUGGGCUCUGAAACACACUGUCUCUGUGAGCAACUUACCUUUAAAAUGAAUAUCAGUGUUGUGAGAAAUAAAUAAUAUAUGGUGUUUUCGAUCUUGGCAGCCAGAACUCAGUGUAAAGGAUUUGUGUUAUGCACAGUAUUGGAUAUUCAAGAAAUGGUGAUGACAGUCAUUUUUAUCACAAUGAUUUUUCUCUUAAUUGUACCAGAUCUGUGUUUGUUGAAAGAAACUGUCUCUAGAAGUCAAAUUAAGCAAUGUCAAGGGUAUAAGCAAACAUGUCUUCCCCUGGGAAAAUAAUCUCUCAAAAAAUGAUCUUGAGGGAGUUUCUGAAUAAUCAAGUCAGUGAGAUCUACAAUCCUAAUAAAACUGCCUAUUCUCCUGUUAUCCACUAGUCAGGAAAAGGCACUAUAUUCUCCCUUGUAGCUGGAGGGUCUUUUGGGAAGUCAGUAAUUGGAAAUCAAGUUCUUCAAGGCAGAAAGAGAUACAAGAUAAAUGAGAAGUUAUGAUUCUCGGGACCAGACUGGGAGGAGAGAGUUCUGAACUCAAAGCUGUCCUCUUCUACUGAUGUGAUCACUUUCUUCCCAGGACCACUGUGGACAAGAGACGCUGAAGUACAGCAUUAGAGUCCUACACUAAAGGAAGGGGAGCGUGUGCCUUGCUCUGGGGAGAAUGGCAGCUGAGAACUCUUCGGUGACAGAAUUCAUCCUCACAGGCUUAACAGACCAGCCAGAACUCCAGAUCCCCCUCUUCUUCCUGUUUCUAGGUUUCUACAUGGUCACCGUAGUGGGGAACCUGGGCUUGAUAACGCUGAUUGGGUUGAACUCUCGCCUGCACACCCCCAUGUACUUCUUCCUCUUCAACCUCUCCUUCAUAGACUUCUGUUACUCCACUACCAUCACUCCCAAAAUGCUGAUGAGUUUUGUCUCAAAGAAGAACACCAUCUUGCAUGCAGGGUGUUUGACUCAACUGUGUUUCUUCUGCUUCUUUGUCAUCUCUGAGUCCUUCGUCCUGUCAGCGAUGGCGUAUGACCGCUAUGUUGCCAUCUGUAAGCCACUGGUGUACACAGUCACCAUGUCUCCUAAGGUCUGCUUACUCCUUUUGUUGGGUGUGUAUGUGAUGGGGUUUUCAGGGGCCAUGGCCCACACAGGAAGCAUAGCAAGCCUGAUCUUCUGUGCUGACAACCUCAUCAAUCAUUUCAUGUGUGAUAUCCCUCCUAUCCUUGAGCUAGCUUGCAAUAGGUCUUAUGUGCAUGAGCUGGUGGUCUUCAUAUGUGUGGCUAUUGACAUUGGAAUGCCCAUUGUCACCAUCUCCAUCUCUUAUGCUCUAAUCCUCUCCAGCAUUCUCCGCAUUCACUCCACUGAGGGCAGGUCCAAAGCUUUCAGUACAUGCAGCUCCCACAUAAUUGUGGUUUUCCUUUUCUUUGGUUCUGGGGCUUUUGUGUAUCUCAAACCACCUUCUGUUUUGCCCCUUGACCAAGGGAAAGUGUCCUCCCUGUUCUACACCAUUGUGGUGCCCAUGUUAAAUCCACUGAUAUAUAGUUUGAGGAACAGGGAUGUCAAAGUUGCCCUGAGGAAAACCUUGGGGAAAAUUAAUUUCUUGAGAAAGGAGUAAUAUUUGAAGAAAAAGAUACAAUGCUUUGUUUAUCAGUGUUUUCAAUGAAGAAUGCAAAUUCCAGUUUUUUCCCUUUUGUAUAGAAAGAGAACUUUAAGUCCUUACAUUUAGAUCAAUGUUUAGUACAGACCUAUUUUCCAUGUCCCUUAACCCACCUUUAG